AUGGACGCAUCGGCGACGGCGCAGAAGCGCAAGUGCCCCGACAAGGAGGAGACAGCCGGCAUGUGCGCCAACGGCUGCGGCUUCUUCGGCGCCGCCGCCACCGGCAACAUGUGCUCCAAGUGCUACCUGGACCACGUCAUCAUCGGCACCGCUAACACCGUGGCCGCCUCGACCUGGCCUCCGGAGAAGAAGGCCAAGAUUAUCGUCGCCGUCCCGUCCUCCGAUGGCGCGGGCGCUUCCUCCACCGCAGCCGCACUUGACUCCUCCGUGACGUCCGUGAAGCAGCCACCGGUGGCGGCGAACCGGUGCGCGACGUGCCGCAAGAAGCAGGGGCGGAGCCAGGAUUUGAAUAAAGGGGGGCCAAGCAGUGGCGGUGCCAGGGGUGUUUUGUGUAGUCAAUUGACUACACAGGAUUAA